AUGAAUGCAGAGGGAGGCUCGGAGGCUCUUGAUUCGGUUCCAAGGUCAUCUGUCUCGGUGGAGUGGGGUGAUUCAACCCAAAAGUCAUCUGUUUCGGUUGAUUGGGGUUCUGUGGCACCCACUAGUUGGGAUGCGAGGACCUGUGGUUCAGAUCGGACAGCUCAGGCGUUUACUGGGGCUAGCAAUAGCGAGAACAGGGGGAAGGAGAAGGGUUUCAGGGGGUGCUUCGCCCCGCACUUGCCGCUUGAAGUUGCCAAGCAGAGGAUCCAGGACGGCACCCUUUUUGCUGCAUCAUUCAGGGUCAACGCGCGGAAUCGAUUUGAGCCUUUUUCAUUUCUGUGUUUCCUGUCCAUCGAGUCAAAUGAUGCUGACGUGUCUGCGCCUCUGUGCCUCCGUGCCUGCAGGUUGAAGGAGACACAGUGGCAGUGGAAGUAG